AUGGCGCGCUGGGCCAUCGCCAUCCACGGCGGCGCGGGCGUGGACCCCAACCUGCCGGAGCACCGCCAGGAGGAGGCCAAGCGCGUGCUGGCGCGGUGCCUGCAGGUCGGCGUCGACCUGCUGCGGGCCGGUGCGACGGCGCUGGACGUGGUGGAGGCCGUGGUGCGCGAGCUGGAGACCGACCCCUGCUUCAACUCGGGCCGCGGCUCCGCGCUGACCCGCGCUGGCACCGUCGAGAUGGAGGCCAGCAUCAUGGACGGCCGCGGCCGCCGCUGCGGCGCCGUCUCCGGCGUGUCCACCGUCCGCAACCCGGUCUCCCUCGCCCGCCGCGUCAUGGACAAGUCUCCACACUCCUACCUCGCCUUCGACGGCGCCGAGGAUUUCGCGCGCGAGCAGGGCCUUGAGGUUGUGGACAACAGCUACUUCAUCACGGAGGAGAACAUCGGCAUGCUCAAGCUCGCCAAGGAGGCCAACACCAUCCUCUUCGACUACCGCAUCCCGCUCGCCGGAGCCGACACUUGCAGCGCGCUGGCGGCCGCGUCAGAGAAGAACAACAGCAACGGCAUGGUGAUGAACGGGCUGCCCAUCAGCAUCUACGCGCCGGAGACGGUGGGCUGCGCGGUGGUGGACUCCAACGGCUUCACGGCGGCCGCCACCUCGACCGGUGGUCUGAUGAACAAGAUGACGGGUCGCAUCGGCGACUCGCCGCUCAUCGGCGCCGGCACCUACGCGUGUGGGCACUGCGCCGUGUCGUGCACCGGCGAGGGCGAGGCCAUCAUCCGCUCCACGCUGGCGCGGGACGUGGCCGCCGUCAUGGAGUACAAGGGGCUGCCUCUGCAGGAGGCCGUAGACUUCUGCGUCAAGGAGCGGCUCGACGAGGGUUUCGCGGGGCUCAUCGCCGUGUCCGGCACCGGCGAGGUCGCCUACGGGUUCAACUGUACCGGCAUGUUCCGGGGCUGCGCCACCGAGGACGGCUUCAUGGAGGUCGGCAUCUGGGAGUGA